AUGUGCAAGUUGCAGUUCAGCAAUAAUGAGCUGUUGACCCAAAAGUGCCACCUGAAGCAUGAUAAAGCUGAAACCCUUGCCUCCUUGGACCAACACCACCAAAAAGAACUUGCUGAUUUGCAGAACCAGAUGGUGCUUGGUCUUCAAGAUGCACAGCGUGAGGCUCAGAUUGAACAAGAUGCUGCAGUGGCUGAGAGAGAGGCUCUGUUUCAACAAGAGGCCAAUCUCGCAAGAGAAAAGUUGUUGGCUGAGAAAGAAGCUGAGUUAAGCUGUUUGACUGCUGAGUAUAGAUCCAAAGUAGCUUUGUUGGAUGCUCCUGAUACAAACUCUGAGUCUGAAUCAGACAAGGAGUCUCAGACUGGCAUCCAGGGCAAUGCCGAAUCUCCCCUUAGUGCUAUCUUAGGCAAUGUUCCAAUUCAGAAUUCCACCAUUGGCAUGCUGGCAGAGGCACUCACAAAAGUGCUUCAGACUCCAGAGGUAGUGUCCCACCGGGCAGCCCGAUUGACAUGGGAAAAAAAGAAACCUUUUAUCAAAAAAUUCACUGAUCUCCAACACCGAGACAACAAGGCAAACAUCUGA